UAUGUGCCUUAAUUUUGUGCACUACUUGAAGGCAUUUUAAAUUACCUAAAAUUUGGUUAAAUAAAAAAAAAACGGAGAACAUAACAGCUGUUCGAUACCUUAAUGCCACACUGCUUAUCGAUUACUAGCAACAUUGUUGCGCUCUUCUUCUUGUGCUUGCCAACGCAUCGCUGUGACUGGCAGUUUUACAAGAACCACAUAGCAUUGCAGAGAUAAAAUUCACAUAUACAGAGACUGUGUAAUUUCAACACACAAGAGCAAGCGAAAUCCGACGAAAUCAAGCACGUUUGUGGGCACAAAAACGAUAAUACAAAUACGAAUGAAAUAUAAAGCACGAGCUAACGUCAAUGAGCAAAAGUAACUGAUAUUGUAAUUGGCAAGUUCAUUGCACGAAUAAUAUAUUUGGUUAUAUACAUAUAUUUGUGUGUGCGUGUGCGUCCGUGUGUGUGUGUGUGUUUGUGUAGUAAGCAUGUGUGUGAAUAAGAAAUUUGCAAACUCGAUAAAACAUCGUGCAAAUUGUUAAGUGGCAGUCCGACCUACGUUCAAUAUAUAUACACAUAUACAUAUAUAUAUAUGUGCACAAUGUGUUCGUGUUUCUCCUGCCAAAGCAGCGCAUAAGCUCUCAUAGGAUGUUCAUAGAUAAUAGUAGGUCGGGCAAGCAACGUCAAGAGGCAGAAACCGAAAACAGAAGCUGAAGCAGAACCGGAGCGAGAUGUGAGAAGCGGCUAAAAAAAAGCUAAGCAAUAUGUAAAACGAGGCAGCAGCAGCAGCAGCAGCAUAAGAAGAAGAACCAAAAAAGAAAACUUGUUUGAAACAAGCAAACGCAAGACGAGAGACAACGACGAACAAGACGCUAAAAGGCAAUUUAAACUCUGAGCUGAGACGUGCAAAGCAAAGCAAAGCAAAGCAGAAACAGAAGCAGCAGCAGCAGCAGCGGCAGCAGCAGCGGCAGCGGCAUUUGCAGUCGUCUGCCUUUUGAGCCAAAAGCAAGAAUAUCACAUAGCGAUAGCGAUAGGCGAUAGCAGCAGGUCGGGCAACGACGUCAGCGAUAUCAAUACAACACAUAACUAUAUAGCAGCAUGGAUGAAGAUGACAACAUAUCCAAUGCUGAUAUAAGUAUCGAUGAUGAUGACGACGAUGGGCAGCAGCCGGAGAACAGACGACGGGCGGGCAAUCGCGAUCGCAUCGAAUUGGAUGAGCUCGAGGCAUAUCCGCAGCAAUUUCAGCUGGCGAAUGUGGCCAGCAGCAGUAGCAGCAGCAGCAGCAGCAGUACAAGCAGCGCUGCCAGCGGCGGAGACGCCGCACCGCGCACAGCACGCAAUGCUACCGUAGAUGCUGGCACAGCCGGCAAUUCGCCAUUUCAUGAUUGGGACACACAAAGUAGCACCGCACGCGGCAGCAGCAGCAGCGGCGGUGGUGGCGGCGGCGGCGGAGGAGGAGAAGGAGGCGGUGGCCAGGCGAAUGAGGAGGAGCUCAACGAUGCCGGGGCUGGGAAUGCGGGUGCCAAGCCAAGCUUCUUUUUCGGCACCUCAUCGUUUAUAUUGCGCAGCCGCAAGGAGGUGGCCGCGCUAAUUAAUACGGAAUGCUGCCGUGGCAGUCCAACGCCCGAUUUGGAUUCCAUUAUGGAUACACUUUUUAAUCCUGGCACGCCCAUUGAUAAUCCCGACAAUAUUGAAUGGAUACGCUGGCUUAUUGCUGGCGGUCGCACACCCAAGGAGUUUGUCAAAAUUGUACGCAGCUAUGAUAACCAUGCGAAGUGCGGCCUGGUCUGGGUGCCCCACGUGGUGGCGUAUCGCUGUCGCACCUGCGGCAUUUCGCCAUGCAUGUCCAUAUGUCGCGAUUGCUUCAAGAAGGGCAAUCACACCAACCAUGACUUCAACAUGUUCUUGUCACAGGCGGGCGGCGCCUGCGAUUGCGGCGAUACAUCGGUUAUGAAGGCGGAGGGCUUCUGCAGUGAUCACGGCAUUAAUAAUCGGGUCAAUCGGGAUCCAGUGCCCAACAAUUUGUUGGCCGUUGCCGAGGCUAUAAUGCCCAAAUUGCUGUUCCGCUUGCUGCAGCAUUUUCGUGAGCAUAGCGAUGCCUCAUUGCAGGCGCAUGCCGUCACCUCAUAUUCGUGCGAGGCAUUCGCCAAUAUGCUAAUCGAUUUGAACAAUAUGGGCGAAAUAAUGCGCAAAGUGAUGACGCGCACGCUAAUCAAUACAGAUGUCUAUUCAUAUUUUAUGGAGACACCCUGCCAGGAUACGCGCAAUGGUCGCUUUCUCAAGGCCAAUCGCGAGAAAUAUGAGGAUGCGGUCAAUCGUUUUCCCAAUCCCGAACCGCCCGAUGAAUACCGCGAUUUGCCGGCGCUGGGCAAGAAGCUGGUGCAUACCACACUGCUCGAGGAAUUUAUAUUUUGGACAUUCAAAUUUGAGUUUCCGCAGACGCUGGUUUGUUUUCUGCUUAACAUGUUGCCCGAUCAGGACUACAAGGAGCAUCUGACGCGCACAUUUGUGAUGCACUACAGCCGCAUUCCAUCGGUGCUGGAAAUGUCCCGCGAUCCGGACACGCUCAGCAACCGUGUCGUCCAUAUGAGCGUUCAGCUCUUCUCCAAUGAGAGUUUGGCCUUAAAAAUGGUCAACGAACUGUCGCUGCUGCAUGUCAUGAUUAUUAGUUUAAAACUGAUGAUGUCCAAGAUACUCAUACAGAAUACGCUGCAUGAUCCCACAAAGAAUUUUCACUUUGUGAUCGACUGCACGCGUCAGGUGAUGAAGGAUCACUGCUAUUGGCCACUGGUGUCGGACUUCAAUAAUGUGCUGUCGCAUGAGUCGGUGGCGCUGGUCUUUCUACGGGAUGAUAAUCUCAUCGAUAUGUGGUUUCAGUUUCUGCAAAUGCUGCAGGGCAUGAAUGUGAAUGUGCGCGAAACAGCCUCGCAUGUGGAAUUCGAACCGAAUAGCUAUUAUGCGGCAUUCUCAUGCGAGCUGGAGGCCAGCGCGUAUCCCAUGUGGUCCAUUAUAUCCCAUCUGCAGGAUGGCACACAUGCACAUCUAGCCAAAAAGAUCAUCAACUACUGCGUGACGACGCUGCACGAGUGGCUCGACUCCAUCUACUUCAGGGAGCCCAAAUUGUCACUGGAGGAAAUGAUGCAGGCUUCAUUUCAUUUCCCGUUGCAUCGCUACCUGGCCGCCUUUGUCUGUCAAGCGGUUACAAAAAUGGGCAUCAGCCUGAGCGAUGUGCUGCCCUCGCGUCCAGACAUUUUGCCCCUGCUUAUGAUACAUCCGUUGCGUGUGCAGAGCUUUUUCUACGAAAUUCUCGCUGGCAAAUGGGUGCGCAAUGGUCUGCAAAUAAAGGGACAAGCCAUGACCUACAUACAGGCGAACUUUUGCAAUUCCAUGGCCGAUAUGGAUCUAUUCUUUCUGCAAAUCUGCGCAACAAAUUUGUCGCAAUAUUUCUUUCUGCAGAACACAAUUGAACUGUUCGAUGUGGGCCAAUGGCUGGAAACGGCGCCCCUGAAGCAACCACAGAAACCAGAGCAAUCAUCCAUGCUGGAGGGUUUUCUCACAUUCCUGGCCACCCUGGUGACGAGUCGCACCAAUUUGGGCAACGAUGAGGCUACCCAGUGCAUCAUUGAGAUUAGCGCCCUGCUGGCCACCGAAAAUAAGACGCACUCGCAACUGCUCGAACUGAUGCCGGAACGUUCGGGCAAUGUGCAUACCAAGAAUUUCGAGACGUUCCUUAAGAAGCUAUCCGUGUACAAGGCACCAUCCAGCGGCUCAGAAAAUCUCGAACAAGGCCUGUUCACGCCCAUCGAUGAGGUGUGGGAGGAAUAUUAUGAUCCAUUGCACGUACUGCUGCGUGCUGUCCAUCGUCGGGACUUUCAAUCGUCGCUAGAUCGUUUCACCAACUAUGUCAAGUCCAAGGAUAAAAUGCCAGCCAGCGGCAAUCUAUGGCCACCAUUUCGCCUGCCACUGCCGGUGGGCAGCUCGUUCACGGAUCCCUGUCGCAUACUGAACUCUCGCCUCUUCCACUCCACAAUACUCUCGAUAUUCUUUCGGGCGGUGCAUACGCGCGAUGUAUCCGAGCAUCUGCUAGCUUUAGCUGUAUUCCUGCUUGAGAUUGCCGUUGAGACGAGCAGUGAUAUGAAUGCUGCUGCUGGGUCAUCAUCGGGCGCUUUUCCAGGCGGUGCCUCAGCCUCGCCCGUUGCCAUGGUCGAGUGCGAGCCCCAGCAUAAGUCGGGCUAUUAUUAUGGCGGAAACAGGCGUGAGCCGCCCAAGCUCUUCCAUUGCUAUCCCACAGAUAAUCUUAGCUGUAAUCUGAGGCAUGUUGUGACCAAAGUGUCGCUAAAAUCGCGGGAUCCACAAGUGACCACAUCCAGUUAUCGCUCCAAUUCCUUCUUCUCGGAUCUGGACUUUGAUGUCGAUACAGAGGCGAUGCGCAUGAUUGGUGACACCUAUGGACUGGACGAUCUCGACGAGACAUCGGGUGCAAUGAGCGUGGCGCGCACUCAACAGCAGCGAAAUAAUGCCAUCUCGCGUAGCAUGCGAAUGGAGGUGGCCUUGGUGCCGGAUUUGUCGGUGGUUGCCGAAACGGGCGUUGUCCUCCUUCAGCCGGAUGGCAAUGAUGAUGGCCAUGAUACGGCCAUGGACAUGAGUCCGGCAGCACAAGAUUUUCAUCAUUUCCCAUUGCAACAGAUAACGCUGCCCGAGAGCGGCAUGGAAGUGGCCAUAAGACGUGAUCUCCUGCUCGCAGAGACGACAACGAUCGAUGAUCGCGACCGGGAUCGGGAUCGUGAUCGCGAUCGAGAUAGGGAGCCGCGCACUGGCUCCACUAGCACAACCAAUGAAAUGUUCUCACCCACAACGCCCACGGGCAGCGGCAUGCUGUUGCCCUUCCAGCGGGUGCGUCUGCCGGUUGCGGUGCCCAGCAGCAACAUGGACGUGGUGCCAUCGAAUGCGCUAAGCGGCGGAGUUGUUGGACCCGGCGGUCGCAUGAGCUACGAUCCGAGCGGUGCACGCAAACGCACCGUUGACAUUGCCAUCGGCGGUGCCGGCAACAAGGAUGAGCUGCACAUGGACGAGAGCAUAUUGUCGCUGCUGCUCAAGCUGCACUCACAGCUAAGCGGCAAUCUGGACAGCUUUUCGCUCAGCGAUGGCGGCAACACAAUGGCCGCCGGCGCCGCAUCUCCCAUGGAUGUUGACUGCAAUGAGGCGAGCACCUCGACAAGCACAGCGCUGGCCGAGCGUGGCCACAGCUAUGGCAACUACAACUACAAGCAUAUACAUGUGUCCAGUUCGCGGAUUGGCGACGGACCAUUCUUUAUUGGCAAUCUGUUGCGCAAGAUUGCCACGAGGGAUGAGCAGUGCGCGCAGAGCAUCGAUGACAUACGGGCACGGCUCUGGCCCAAUCAGCGCGAGAAACAGGCGGAGGCGCGCGCACGCGAAACCAAGGAGAAGGAGGAGCGACGGAAGAAGGCGCGCGAACGCCAACAGAAAAUGAUGCAGGAUUUUGCCAAUAAACAGAAACAGUUUAUGCAAUCGGCUGCCGCGGCGGCCAACAAUUUGGACUUUGGCUUGGAGGAUGAGGACGAGGAUUCCAUGUAUGAGGAGCAGCCGCGCGAAAAGGAAUACGAUUGCAUCAUUUGCAAUUGCACAACGGCCAGCACCGAAACGAAUCCCAUCGGUCUCGUCGUCCUCGUCGAGUCCAGCGGCAUUGUCGGCCAUCGCCGGCGAAUUGCCGAGCGUCUGCCACUCCCCCUUAACGAUGCGGACAAAGAGCGUCUGGCGCACACAACGCGACUGGCCAGCGAAUUCGCUAGGCGCACCGAACUGCUUGGCCUCAAGUUUGGCGACGAGUCUUGGUAUCUGUCCAAUAAUAUGGCCUACGACAACGGCGUUCAUGUGCAGUCGUGCGGCCAUCAUGUCCAUCUCAGCUGCCUGGAGGCGUACCUCAAGACGCUCUAUACAACCCAGCGGCAGCCCGUGCAGGAUCGUGGCGAAUUCUAUUGUCCUGUCUGCCGACAGCUAUCCAAUUCUGUGCUGCCCCUUAGUCCGCAGCUGGACAGGCCUAUGCAUCUGGUCCGUUCCGGUAACCAGCCGUUCGAACAGCUUGUCGCCGAUCUCACGGAUUUGAUUAAGGAGAACGAAACGAUACCGCAACCCACGAAACUCACAGAGGCCAUGGGUCACGCCAUGGAGGUGAUGACAAACAUAGCGCAGCGGAAGGUCAAAUCGACAAAAAUAACGUUCCGGAAGCUGUUCAUAUUUGUGACAUCGAUAGCCCGGACCAAUCUGGAGGCAGAGAUCAUACAGCGCGGCGGCUCACUGUGCUCAUCGAAUGCCACACGCUACAAGCCGAAGCGGGACUGCAUUGUCCCUCUGUUGCAUGUGCUGUCCGUGCACGUGCGUGUCCUCGUCGAGUGGCCACUGUGGAGCAGUUGGGCGUCGCUGGCCGGGAUGCCGGUGCGCGAUACGGAGCCAUUGCCCACACAUUGCCGGGAGGUGAUACCUAGUCUGCUGGCGGAUCCCAUUGCGUUGCUGCUCAAAUUUAUAUUGCUCGCACCGCUGCAUCUCGAUCAGGAUUAUUUCACCUGCAUGGUAAAGGUCAUGUACAAUCUGCUCUACUAUCAGAUUGUUGUGCAAUUGUGCGUUACGCUCACCGAUUUCGAGUGCGAUCACAUUUUGGCCAACUACAGCAGCAGCAAGUCCGAAGCAACCGCCACAAGUUCCUCCUCCGCCUCCGCCUCCGCCUCCUCCUCGACACAAGCAACUGCAAGUGCAACAGCGACCAGUAGCAGCAGCAGCAGCAGCGGCAGCAGCAGCAGCAGCAGUAGUGGCAGUGGCAUUGGCAAUCGCCGGAGCAGCGCCGCGCGUUUUGGGCCGCUGAAGAGCUGCGCGGAGCUGGGCAAGGCCAUGGCUUUGGUUUUGAAUCAAACGAAUCGCCUGUCGCAUCUGCGACGUGACAGCAUACCCAGCACCAGCGCCAGUGCCAGCAACAGCAGCAAUAGCAGCAGCAGCACAACAACAACAACAACAGAAGCAGCAGCAGCAGCAGCAGGAUCAGCAACAGGAAAGGAGGCAACAGCAGCAACUGCUGGAGGCAGCAGCAACAGCCCAACGGCAGAGGUUAAUCUCAAGUCGAUGGAACUGCAGCUGCAAUCGCUUUGUUUACCAUUUUUGCGAAUUGCGGCGCUGCUGCGUCAACAUUUGUAUAGGCACGAGAUGCCGGAAAUAUCAGCGCCUGGUUUGGAAUUUGUGCGUCUGGUUUAUUAUUUGGAAUUGGUCACAGAUUCAAUGGACUGGGAUUGUUUUAAUGCAUCCAAGGGCCUAUGCUUUAUACCCGGCACGGAGCAAACGUUGCCACAAUUUUGGUGCAAACAGCUAAUGGACGUUCAUCCGCCGUCGGAUACGGUGCGCGAGUUGAUACUCAUGAAUCAGCACUCGUUGUGGCAGCAGCCGCGUCUGCUGGAGCUGCCGCGCGAAUACGAGCGUCUCUUUACGUACUAUCAUGAGCGUCCAUGCCUCAACUGCUACAAGGUGCCCAAGGAGAGCUCCAUUUGUCUGCUGUGCGGCACAAUUGUGUGCCUCAAGCAGAAUUGCUGUGCCGAAAAGGAAUGCUGUGAGGCAGUGCGGCACACAUUGUCCUGCGGCGGCGGCAUUGGCAUCUUUCUGGUUGUCACCUCGACCUAUAUAAUUGUCAUUAGGGGGCGACGCGCCUGCCUCUGGGGCUCACUAUAUCUGGAUGAUUUCGAUGAGGAGGAUCGGGAUCUCAAACGCGGCAAGCCGCUUUAUCUGAGUCAGGAUCGCUUCAAUUUGCUGGAGUCACAGUGGCUGUCACAUAAAUUUGCACACACAAAGCACACGUGGGUGUUCCAUCGUGAUCUCUUGUGAAACAUGGAAGAUCUAUUGCGGAGCAUACAGGAGCUGGUUGGCCAGAUCUGAGCACAUUUGCCCGAAACAAAACAAAAAAAAUAUACAUAAUAUAAAAACCGAACCCAAAACCGAAUCGAAACCAACUGCAAAACGAAACGAUGCGAAUUCUGCAAUUGGGCCAAGUCAUAAACUGCAAACCUGGUCUCUUACCAGCUCCUAUAACAACAUACACACACACACACACCCAACUCUUUUGGCCGCUAAACACAACAAAUUACAAGUUGCAUGCCGCAUCCAGCUAUGAUUGACUAUGAUAAUGAACAUAUAUGUGUAUAUAUAUAUACAUACGUAUGCAUGGCGUGAUGAGCAGCAAGUGCAGCUGAUUGUAGUUAUAACGAGUCAUAUUUAACAUAAACAUAACUAUAUAUAGUUAUAUAUGCAUAUAUAUAUAUACAUAUAUAUAUAUAUAUAUGUAUAGAUUAGGUCGAGCGAGAAACUGAUAUUAAGUCGCAUUCAUAAAUAUAUAUAUUUAAUAUACAUAUAUAUAUA